AAGACCCAGCACGCACAGUGUCAAACGCCGCGACAUGUCAGAAAUUAAUCUGGAGAAGGCUGUCGGCCAUCAGGGCGCCGACUUUCCUGUCGCAUGGUUGAAACGCGAUUUGCUCCUCUACGCUGUCGGCAUCGGUGCGAAAGCGACCGACCAGGCUCUCGUGAACGAACUCAGCGGUGACUGGGCGCCAUUCCCCACGUACCCCGUCGUCCUUCAAUUCAAGGGCGAGGAUCAAGACAUUAACGACUUCAGGAAACGCGUUGGAGGCUCGACCGCCCCCGGUCUGCCCAAGUUCGACCCUAACCGUGGAGUCCAUGGCACGCAGUCUAUCGAGAUUCUAAAGCCGAUCCCGGAGGUCAGCGGACCUGGCUGGAAGCUCAAGAAGCGCAUCGUGGGCGUGAGCGAGAAUAAGUCCGGCAUUGUUAUCGAGUCUGAGACGCUCCUCGUGGGCCCUCGCGGCACAGUCUACGCCAAACUUUAUGGUUCGUCCUUCAACCUAGGCGCAAAAGCGACCGGCCAGAAGUUUAGCAAGCGGAUUGCAGGGCCCUAUCCAGCCAAGGAUAUCCCCAAGAAUCGCGAACCCGACUACGUCGUGCGAGACAAGACUACCCCAGAGCAGGCGGCCAUCUACCGACUUAGUGGCGACUACAACGCCCUCCAUAUCGACCCGAAGAUAGGACAGGCUACGGGUUUCGGGGGCACUAUCCUGCACGGGCUCUCGACGUUCGGCUUCGCGGCGCGUGCGGUGCUCUCCGCCGUUGGCGGGAAUAAGCCUGACUCGCUCAGGUAUUUCGCCGUGCGAUUCUCGUCGCCGGUCAAGCCCGGCGAUGCGCUCGAGACCUCCGUCUGGGAGGUGGGCCCGGGCCCUGACGGCACUACGGAGGUUGCGUUCGUGACCAAAGACACCGAUAGUGGGAAAAUAUGCCUCAGCCAAGGCGUCGCGUAUGUGAAGAAGGUGGAGAAGAGCAAGCUCUAGGGUGCUCGCCCUACAUAUCGAAAGCUUCGACGGACUCGGUUGUAUUUACUCGAAUUGCAGCUUGUAUUCUUGGAUUGACACGUAAAAUAGGGCAAGCGUUCUCUCAGCACCUCCUCACAUACCAAUUGUUGAACCUAGUCGUGUUCGGGCACCUCAGAUGCUCAAUAUUUCUCAUGGAGUCCAAGUCUAUCCUUGAGAUAUCGGUACAAUCUAGCAAGACAGAAGAAAGUAUAUUUGAUAGCUGUCAUUAACUCGCCACUUCUCAGCACUUCUCCCAGACGAUGUUGAUGGGAUCUCAGAUGCAGGGCUCAGCAGCCGUUGACGUCACUGUCUCCUUAGCCAGUCUUUCGCUUUAGUUUGCGCCACUGUUUCACUGUACGCUGCCUAUGACAGCUCUAUAGC